AUGGCGCCUGCACAGCUGUCCUCCUCCCUCACGUCAUCUCAAGACCCGCCGCGCUCCAUCCUCACCACGUCCACGUCAUCUCCCAGCCGCGCGAAUCUCUGUUCGCGGCAGCACUCAAUCGUUUUCUCCGUCACCUAUGGCGGCCGUACCGUCAGCAUCUGCCUCGCGUGCGCGCUUCUAGACUUUCUCGUCAAGUUCCUCUUCUUUAUCCCGCGCUUCAUCCUCGUCCUAGCCAGCUUCGGCGUCCCGCUGCUGCUUCUUCCUGUCGGAUCGCUCAUCGAUCUUACCUCUCCGCCGAUGCUCGUCGCGCAAGCGAUUGCUCUUGUUUGGUACACGUGUUACCUCCCCGGCCUGCAGACGAUACAGGCGAAGCGCGAGAGUUUCAACCGCAAGCGCCGCAUGUUGCAGGCGGUGGAGGCGCGGAGAACGCGCAGUGGCAGCGAUGCUGGGAAUUUGCGAACAUCGCGCACGGAGAUGGGAGCGGCUGAUGUGUGCACGAGGGAGGCGGGAGAAAGGACGCGGAAGCGCGGCGGAAAGGGGAAGAAAGGAGCGCGGCUUGGCAAGGGAGGCCGCGGCGGGAAAGCUGAAUUCGAAGCGGAGGAGUACAGCGGAUGUGAUAAUAACGAAGAAAGGGAGGAGCACCAAACGAUUGAGCAGAGCAAGGCGGCUGAGUUGGAGAGUGACGUGGCAGCGCAGGCGACGGCGGAAAUUCCGGAAGUUGCAGAGGUUCCGGAGUUGAUUGACGGGUUGCUUGAGGAGAAGGAAAUCUCGGAGAAGCAGCGCUCGCGGAAGAGGGCUUUCAGGAAGCAGCGACGGGUGAGGCGCGAGCGUGCCACGUCAGACGCGCGCCAGGGAGAAUCCGCGUCAGACGCCGAAACCACGUCUGUGCAAGCUGACGUGGAGCUUACGCAGCAAAAUAUGACCGUGACUCUUCAGAAGAGUCAGGAGCAGCAGCUGACUCAGUUGACCCAGUUGACUCAGUUGACCAAAUUGACCCCUCCUGAGCUGUCGCAGUUGAUUGAUCAGCUCAUGCUCGUGGCGGCAGGAAACGAGGGUGCAGGAAGCGAGGGUGACAGUGCUCCUUCCCCACCUCCACGCCCUCCCUUCCCCCUCUCUCCCCUUCCCCUUCCUCGCUCUCCCCCUCCCUUUCCUACACUCUCCCCUCACCUGUUUCCUCUACGGCAGCAGCAGCAGCAGCAGCAGCAGCAGCAGCAGCAGGGAGGCACACAGCAGGAGGGCAACACAGGGAGCGUUGAAAAGAGCGCAAGCGCAAGCAAUCUCUGCUGGAGCCCGGACGACAAGCCAUGGCUGCCGUGGCUGCCCUCCCCCACCGCCCUCUCCCCGUCUCUUAAAGCCCCCGGAGCCCUCCCUAAUAAGUGGUCCCCCACCCUUCUCUCCCCUCCCACUGAAGCCUCGGGAAUGCCUUUCAUGCUCCCACAGGGCUCCUCCUCUUCAGGCUCUUUCUCGAACUCUGCGGUUGAAUCCGCUAUUUCGGGGUUGGAAUGGCUGGAGAGGGAUGCUGACGUCACCCUCCCUCCGCCUGCUGUGCCUGCCCACGUGGCGUAUGCUGCUGCUGGUGCCACUGCCAGCUCUCUUUCUCAGGUGCUGCCGCAGUCUCCUGUAAUCCCUCAAGCUGGUUUUCUCUCCAGCACUUCUCAUCCCUUCCACUUUGACGACAGCGGGAAACUUGGAGGACGAUCUGUGGUGGGACGGCAGCAGCAGCAGCAGCAUUAUGCCGUUGCUAGUCUGUUGCCGGGCUCUCCGUUUCAGGGGAAUGGUGAAGAGCCAGACCUAUCAUCCCAUGGGAACUAUUCCCUUCUCGGUUCUGGGUUUGCAGACAGCUUGGCAUCGGAACAUGUGAUGUACACCAGAGAAGCGAUAGAGGAGUGGAUGGAGUAG